CAACAGCUCACCUCCGAUGAGUCACCAAUCUCCAGAGAGGUUCCCCGGCCAGAAGAAAAAGACAAAGCCGAAAACCCCAAGAAAACAGAGCCGGAAGAAGAAGAAAUUGAUAUCGAUUUAAAUGCCCCGGAAACGGAGAAGGCCGCUCUCGCCAUCCAGGGGAAAUUCCGACGUUUCCAAAAACGGAAACAAGACCCCAGUUCCUGAGCCUUUCCGGAGUCUUCCCACCUCGCCUUGACGCGCUUUUCCUUCUCCUGUCCCCGAAACCCCGCCGCGAUUCCAUUUCCUCUCUUCUCUUCCCAUCCCGACGAAGGGGAGGAGGGAUUUGUCCUCUGAUCUUCAAUUCAUUUUAAUUUUUGCACGUCCUGGGAAAAUGGUCAAAGCAGAGGAAGGGAGGGGAUGGGGUGGGGUUGGGUGGAAGGGGCUGCUGAGUACACAGACGCCUUCCACUCUGCUUCACCGGAAGCCCCCGAUCACGGGCAGAGCGAGAGAUGUCGUUCAGUCCACGACUUACGACCGGUCGUUGAACAAGCGGUCGAGGUUACAAUGGGCUGUUUGUUUUUUGUUUUUUUAAAAUCUACUUAUGACCCAUCCUCAGAGUUAUUACUGCCAUGCCUCUGUUGGCACAAUUGGCACAAUUGGGGCACUCGGCAACUGCCUCGCAUUUGUGACGGUUGCGGUGUCCCACGGUCGCUGUUUGCGAUAUAUAUAUAUCUGCUUUAUGGCAAAAAGCAGCCAUUCGGAAGAACAAUCGUGUGAUUCAUUCAACGACCGUCGUGGGCUCGCUUGAUGACUGUUGUAACAACAGUCGUGAAAUUGAGUCCGGUCCUGUAGCGCCUCGACUUACAACUGCCAUGACUUAUGACUGAAAUUCAAGGUUCUGCUGUGGUUGUAAGUCGAGAAUAACAUACAAAUGGGAGCCUAGGUUAGGAAGAUUAGAAUAGUCGUUGGGGUUUUUUUGAAUCGUUUGAACCAAAUUCUUCAUCCUUUUUUCCUCCCAUCUAUCAUCAAGGGAGGGUUGAGAUUGUAAUCUUCCUUUUAGGAGAUUGGGAACACAGGUCCCACACUUCGAUGCCAACUUCUAAACAUUUACAGUGAAGAUGCCACACUGAAGGAAAAUUAUUUCCCGCCCCCCGCAAGGGUGGGUCUCUAAAAUUCUUCAAACCUUGCUAUAAAGUUUGAAUCCUUUGGGUACCAAAUCCUGUCCGCCAAAGACCCCUUGCAUAAUGGAAAAAUUUGCGAGCCACUUCCAAGUUCCAUUCGCAAGUUAGGAUUUGAAAACAGGUCCGUUUUUGUGUCCCAGUGUGGUCGCCAAACUUUUCCUUGCCUGCCUGAUCGAGGAUCUAGGACCGUGAUGGCAAGCCUAUGGCACACGUUCCACAGGUGGCACGUGUAGCCAUAUUGGUGGGCACACGAGCUCAGCUUGCUAACUUCCGGCAAACGGGCCAUUUCUGGCCUCCAGAGAGACUCCGGGGGGUGGGGAAGGCCAUUUCGGCCCUCCCCAAACUCCUAGAAAGGCUCUGGAGCCUGAGGACAGCAAAAAACGGGCCUUCUGGUCCCACCGGAAGUUGGCAAACGGGCCAUUUUCAGCCUCCAGGGGGUGGGGAAGGCCGUUUUCGCCCUCCCCAGACUCCUAGAAAGGCUCUGGAGCCAGGUGAGAGAGAAAAAUGGGCCUUCACCACCCCCACCCCUGAGGCCCUCCGGAGACAGGAAGCAACCUGUUUUCCUACUUCUGGUGGGCCCAGAAGGCCCAAAAAUCAGUUGGCAUGUGCCGGAACUGAGCUCGCGUGCCCACUGAUAUGGCUACGUGUGCAACCUGUGGCACGCGUGCCAUAGGUUCGCCAUCACGGAUCUAGGACAACUCGCCCCGGCCAACCCAACUCGCCGUGGGACAAUUCAACACCUCAUUAAUCAUUUCAUUCAGUUACUUUAUUUUAUUGUUGGUGACCAUGUUUUCAUCCAAAUCAUUGUGAUUCUUGCAUUUCCGGAUUGACUUUCUUCGUGUUGUUAUCAUUGGCCAUGAUUCCGUCGAAAUGAAGUUAACUUUUGGAUUUGUUGAAUCGUCCUGUGGAGAGUUGGCCGCGGUCAGUUGUCCCAUUCCACUAACCGUCUAUAAUAAAAAUCCCGGCAAAUUCAUUCAAAGAACCAUAAGCCCAAUGCAGGGAAAAUAUUACGGUAGCUUGAAAUUCUAAAAUAAACCUAUUUUCAAAACAGGACGUUGAGUUUUGAGGCUUGAUGCCAACCUAGACGACGGGAAAGAAAAAGUAUUUUUUGCACCUCCCUGAAGGGAUCCCACUUUUCCCAAGAGCCAACCUCGUGCCCAAAGGAAUACUUUACAUUAGAGGCACCUGUUUUUUGCACCGAUAAGAGUGAAACUGCGAGCAAAAUUGGGAGCUCCCUCCCACGAAAACAUCCAAUAUGCUUUUUACGAAGUCAGCUUCAAGUUCCUUAAGCCAUUCUUCGCCAAAAGAACAUCCUAGUGUCGUUACCAAACUCAGUGUCCGUCCUAUGCGGCCAGCAGAUCUCAGCACCCCGAUUUCUCUGUCCGUUCACCCACAGAAAAGGGCUGCUAGCUACAAAGCCAUGCUUCCCUCCUCAGGACCCAGCUUAUUAUGAGCCAAGGAAAAAAAAAGAAGAACAAGCCAAAAUCUAUCCGUCAAGGUUCACACACACAUUUUUUUUCCCCCUCCACUUAGCUGCCUCACAGCCAUUCCACUUCUGGGCCAGUGGUGGAUGCGAAAUUUGUGGCGGGCAAUGAAACAUUGUCAAGAAUGAAGAAAAGCUGUCAUCCUGGGCACUGACUGACCUGCUUUGAAGACUGACACGUUUAGCAUGUUAAUAAAAUAAUCAGGGGAAAAAAAAA